AUGCUACAUUUUGUCCCUCCAGGAGAUCCAGUUCCUCCUGGCGCUCCUACUUCGUCCGUGUCUCCAAGCUGGGAAACUGCAGGCUUUGGAGCGGAGCUGGAGCUGGAGCGCGGAGCAAUCGGAGCAACCAUAUUCUGGUCGGAGCGUCCGGAUAUGACUUCUAACCAAAAUUUGUGUCAAUCACCUAUAAUCGAUAGUCGCUUUUUGAAAAAUGAUCUGGAAAAUAUAUUUGAGUUUGAAGAAGAAAAUGGACAAAAAAAGCAUUUUGAAGAGGACUGUAAAGCUAUUGAGGAUGUUGGAAGAAUAAAGGUGAAUGUCUUCGAAGCCAUUGCACAUUAUCCAGAUCGAAUCAGACAGUCAAGCAGAAUAGCUGCAAGUAUGCCAACAUCACAAGCCAGCGUUGAAAGAUUAUUUUCAGCUUUGAAAUUAAUACUAAGUGAUAACAGACAAUCGAUGAAAGAAGAUUUGCUUUCCGCUAUUUUGUUUAUUAGAAUGAAUGAUUGA